AUGGACGAAUCCACCAUCGAAGGGAUGAAAUCGCUGAAAUUGAAGGAUUGUGAAUCUAGUGAUGCACCCCUCCUUCGAGAUGUCCGUUUUUCCGUUGUGGGUUAUGACCCCGAACUUCGUGGGGAUGAGAUCAAGAGCGCGUUGACAAAACAUUUCCGUUCAUGUGGAGAGAUCAGGCAGAUUUAUAUACCCAGCGAUGAAAGGAUCCACAGAGCUCUCAUUUGCAUUCGUGGAGUAGACGUAGAGAAGAAGGCGUUGGAACUUAAUGGAAGUGACAUGGGANGAUGGGAUAUACAAGUUAAGUUUCCAAAACUUCGCAAGGCUAGUCCCAGACCCCACUUCAAAGGAUCAGGCGUGAUUGAUGUUGUGGGUUAUGACACUUCGCUUUCUGAGGAAGAUGUCAAGCCCGCCCUGGAUAAACAUUUCUCUUCAUGUGGAGAGGUCACUGAAGCUUUUCUUCUCGAAUGCCAGAACAAAGUUGUGGCUUAUAUCGAGGGAGAAGGCGCAGUAGAAAAGGCCUUGAAGCUUAGUGGCUGUGAAUGUGAUGUGAAAGAAUGUAAGAUUGUAGCUAAAAAGUAUAUUCGGCCAAAAAUACGCCAGCGGGUAACUGGCGGCGGCUCUGCUGUCCCAGAUUCGUAUACUAAGAAGGCGAAGAUGGCUAAGGUGUAG